UGAGAACAAUAAUCACCACCAAAUGACAUAAAAGUUCUCCCUCAUACACCAAGAUUUUUGAAUAGUUUCCUUUGUUUUGUUACCAUGGAUCCAUUCAAAGGACAAGGAGGCAUUCAGAUGCUACUAACUGCUGAACAAGAAGCCCAACAUAUUGUUUCUAGUGCAAGAAAUUUAAGGACUCACAGGUUGAAGCAGGCAAAGGAUGAGGCAGAGAAGGAGGCAGCACAAUACAGAACUCACAUGGAAGAAGAGUAUCAAAAGUCAAUUUCAGAGACCACUGGGAGUUCUGGAUCUAAUGUAAAAAGGCUUGAGGAGGAGACAGAGGCUAAGAUUAAAACUUUAAAGAAAUCAACUUCAAAGGUCACAACAGAAGUGGUUGACAUGCUACUCAAGUAUGUUACAAAUAUCAAAACAUAAUGACCUGAGUAAUUGCUGAAGACGCCAAUAUAAAGAGUCAUCAACUACAAUAAAAUUAAAAGGCAAAGCUAGGAAAAUUCAUCGGAAGACUAUUUGCAAUUUGGCUUUGGGUUGCUAUGGUCUUGGCUACAAAACUACAGCAUUCAACAAAUAUCCCUUGUCACAAAGUUAACAAAAGCAUUUUUUUCCUUUCAUAUUUAAUAUGUUUAUAUGCUUUAGUAAUA